UGCCUGAGCGUUAACUCUGCUUAAAUUAAAAACAAAACAAUAACUUUGAAGUUGCGUUAUCAGUCUAUAUUGUGGCUUUAUCACGAACAUGAUUUUUCAAGCCGCAGUCCGUGCUCUAUCCUAUCGCGCAAUAACUCCCCGGUGCAUUCGACAAACGUUUUACAGGACCAGCAAAAAUUUCACCUACUGUGCUAUCAAUGACCAACGCCGCAAAGCAACUUUACCUCAAGCGCAGAGGCACUUCAGCUCGAUGAAUCCAAACGAAUUCAUUGCCACCUCUUUGAUAGAUUCGGCUACAUUCGAAUCGGUUUGUUCCGAUACUUUGGAAUCACUGUGCGACUACUUGGAGCAACUAGUGGAGGAAACGAAUGUUUUGAAAAAUGCAGAUAUCACCUACGGGGACGGUGUACUCACAGUGAAGUUGGGCAACCCGCAUGGUACCUACGUGAUAAAUCGGCAAUCGCCGAAUAGACAAAUUUGGCUCAGUUCACCGAAAAGUGGCCCUAAACGGUACGACUUCAUCCCUGAUCGAUCAACCGGUAAUGGAGGCUAUUGGGUAUAUAAGCACGACGGGGUUUCUUUGCACGAACUUCUGCAGCUGGAAAUCGGAGAGAUCAUAAAGGAGAAAGUGGAUUUCUUAUCACUACCGCAUAGCAGGCGAAGCAAAUGAUUGUCGAGAUUUUAAAUAAAAAAUACGAGAUAGAUAAA